AUGAGGGGCUGCCCCGCCUUCUCCGGCUGCCAGCCCCCACACCUGACCCGCGUGGCCGUGACAGAGUUGCCUCGAGAUAAUCACACAGUAGGAGCAGAAGACCCAACUGACCCGCAAACAACACUGAAAAUUCUUCAGCAACAGCUGGAAUCAUUUCAGACGCUUCGGAGAUUUUUUGUAAACAACCUCAAUCUUUUUCAGGUACAGUCUAAAAUCUAUGAGAUACUAAAUAAAAAUAUAUUUGAAAGGAAAACUCCACUACGUAGUUCAGACAAGAUUCUGAUGACUUGCACACCAAGUGAUGCAACUCUGCUUAUGGAAAACCGUGAAUCGCUGCCUUCUAAGAGAAAAGUUCAUCAUGAACAACAACCCUGUUCAGAUGACCACGUGGAAGCAAAUUCCAACACAGGAAAUGUUGUCAGUGAUAUAAGUAUUCCACACAGGAUUUCGCUUAAAACUAUGGCAACUGAAAAGGUUGAAAAUUCAGAAGAUCUGUUCGGAAACAACAGGAUACUUGUAACAAAAAAUGAACAUAAAUGUGGACAUUUGCUAUCUAGCACUGAUUUGCAGACAGAAAGGUUGAAUGCUGCCCAUGAGAAGGUAAUUUUGACUAAAUCUAAACAUCAUAUACCUUUUCCCAAAUUUGGGAAAGAAUUUCAUAAAAUAGACACUACUAACUACCAAGACACUACCAAGUUGCUGAAACAAGAAUUUCAGAAAGAAAAAAUAAAUAACUUACAAGAAAGUGCAGAAAUUGUGACCUCUUUAGAUGAAUCACAUAUUGGUUUAGUUCCAGUUAAAGAAAAUGGCCUCUAUUUUGAUCAAGAAUUUUACAAAGACUCAGAAUUUGCCAAUGUAUGGGGUGGGUCUCCUACGACAGUAUACAGUGAAAAAGCAGAAUCUCAAAACAAAAAUGUACAAAAAGAAUUUAGCAUCAAUUACAGUGAAGGUGACAGAUUCCAGGUUAAUUCUUUUUCCAAGAUGGUGAAAGAUAAGCUACUAAUGCUUGAUAACAAAGAGCAACUAAAAAAAGAAAAAGAACAACAACAGACUACUUUAAAUCGAACAUUACUGAGGCCAGGAAAUCAGAAGUUCAGUGAAAUCAAAGUAGCCUCUGAAUAUGAUGGCAAAAUUGAAGCAUCGCAAAAGUCCCUGAAAAAUUCUAAGCAUUUGCAAAAAACAGUACAUGAUCUUCCGAAUGAAAAUUCAGCACUCAAGAACAAAGUGGAACUUCUUACUGUUACCAUACAGUCUUCAAAAGAAAAAAUAUCAAAAUGUAACAUGCAAAUUAAGGAUUUAGCUGAAGAAAAGAAAAGUGUGCAAAUCCAGUUGGUUAAAUCACAAGAAGAUAACAAGGAAUGUAUUAAGGAACCAAAGAACUUCUUAAGAAAAUCAGAAGAAAAGAUGACUGCUGUUACCUGUGAAAGAGAGAGGCUCAGUGCAGUCCUAAAGUUCUUGCAAAAGGAAUGCUUCAAGUUACAAGAAACAAAUAAAAAACUUAAGAUAGAAAUAUCCCAGCUCACAAAAGAAAAUAGUUCCCUAGAGCAAGAGCUUGAAAGAAAUCAGAGUGAAAUGCAACAAAUAAAAGAAAAAGAAACCGCGACGAAAUCUGAACUGGAAACUCAUCUUCAGUUAAUGCAAACACUGGAAGCCAAAAAAACUAACCUUGAAAUAACUCUGCAGGAAUGUUCUGAUACUAAACAGAUGCUGCAGAAGGACUUUGAGAAACUCGAAUCAGAUAAAGCUUAUACAGAAAAGAAACUCAUGAUGGAACUCCGAAAUGCAAAAGCAGAUAUUGAUCUUUUAAAGUCUAACUUGACCAGUGCAAACAGAGAAUGCAAGAAGUUAUCAACUGCAGUAACAAACGUCACAGAGGAAAAUCAGUUACUUAAGAAAGAACUGCAGGAAUAUAGACAAUUCACUUCCAAAUAUGAAAGUGACAUUAGAAAAUUGACCGAAGAACGCUUACUAUUAGAAAAUGUCCUGUGGACUACUGAAAAUGAGAGAGAUGUAUUACAGUUGCAGUUCUCCCAUUUGCAUGAGGAUUAUAUUUAUCUUCGACACCAAGCUACAGCUCUAGUCUGUGGGCAAAGGAAACCUGGUUAA